AUGAGUGGAAAAGGAGGAUCAAAGAAGAAAGUCACUCCCCGGUCGAGCAACCGUCAGAGGAAGUCUCGUAUGAUUGGUAGAGACAAAGAUGACCAUGACAAGCAUGUGGAGUCUCUGAAAGAUAGUGAGAAGGUCACUUACUACAUUAGCUUGUACGAGGAGGAGAAAAAGAAGAAUGAGGAAGCCGACAAGGAGGAGCCUGAUGAGGAAUGGGAACCUGACAACUUCGAUCUGGAAGAGGCCCUUGGCAACAACACCAAGGGGAGUAAUGAUUAUAUAGCAGCUUCCGGCUGUUUCAAGAAGAAUACCUGGAUUGACAAGAAGUUUAGCAGCGAGAAAUCGGAGGAAGCCAUUGCCUAUCUUGUACUGGAUCGACUGGGCAAGAAGGCCUUCUUGUUGACCGGCGACCGUAAGAAGGACAAGGUGAUCAAGGAAAGGCGCGCCGCAUGGGUUGCCCAUUGGAAAGAUGCUAUCACGGCAAUCAUGAACGAGCAACGCAACUUCGUCGUGAACCAGAUGUACAUCAAGACCGAGGACUUUUGUGCUGCACAUGGACUCGACAAGAUGCCAACUCCGGAACAGCUCAAAGCUGUGGUGAUGCGGGAGGUUCCUCUUGAAGACCUUGCCCAAGAUGCCAGUGCACAAGAAAAGGCAGCGCGUGAGGAAAUCAAGCUGCAUUCUUCCCUUUACACGGAGAAGCUUUUGCCAUGUGUUGCUGGUGCAUCCAGCUGGUUUAGGGAGUCAAUCCGCCACAACCAGUUGAUUAGUGUGGCCAAGUGGAAGGGAAAGCUGUGUGUUCCUCCCGGAUCUGAGGCAAUGACCCUCCUCAUCUACGAGAACUCCUACACCAGAUGGAACCUCUGCUUCCAGCCUGGGAACAAUGACUGUGGCAGAAAGAAAUGGACUGCCCCCAAGAGCAGCAAGGACUCGGAGACAAAAAAGUUUGCUACCAAGUACUCAAACUCCAAGGUGGGCAAUGCCAAGUAUGGAGGUUGGUCCAAUGCAGGCCGAAGGCGCUACAAUGCCCUCAAGCUUGAGGUUCAGGAUGCCCGUGCCAAGCCCAAUGCCCAAGAUGCAGAACAACAAAUGCUGAAAUGGAUGUUGCAAUAUUGUGGAAAGGAAGACCACCAGCCCGAUCCGGAUGCCGUGAACAAGAAGAAGAAGAAGGGCAAGCGUUCCUACGAUGAUCUGGUGGACUGUGACUAG